CCUAGAUUCUUGAUUCUGCAGCUGAUUCUUGAUUCGCGCGCAUGCAUGCAACGCCCCCGAAGAGCUUUGUUGCGUAUAUGCCCACCGCAGAAGAGGCGUGCGUGCGUGCGUGCGUGCUGGAUCGCGUGUGCGUGUAUAGUGUAGCCUUCACAACUCCGCGCCGACCGCUUGCUUCUUGCCGUGUCAGGGUCACAUUCACGAUCAGCUAGACUCAUGACUAUUACAGCCCCCUCACACACGCACCAUAUACGCGAUUCGAAGGCCACUGACUGCUGUCCCAUCUGGAUCCGCGCUCCCCUCCCCCUCACACGCUCACUUACAGCAUGGAGUCCAAAUUGCAAUCCCUCAAGGUCACCGAGCUCAAAGCUUUGUUGCAACGAGCAAAUCUGGCACAGACUGGAGUGAAAGCGGAUCUCGUUGCAAGGCUAUUAGAAUCCCACGCCAAAGGAUCGCUCAACGGCUUGAGCUUGGAAAGCGAGUUGGGCUUGCAGAAUAGCGCGGCAGCUGCUGCUGCUGGUGGUGGUGGUGGUGCAGGCGUGCCAGGGAGCAUCAAGGAUGGACCCAACCUGCUGGGUGCGGACGACGACAAGGCGCAAACAGAGUCGGACUUGGUAGGAUUACCAAACGAAGCGUCGGAUCCCGUCAAGCCUGAUGCGCAACCCGUCGCUGCUGCCGCGACGACACGCGCCGUGGACGCCAAAGCGAGCGAAGAGGAGACAAAGACGUUCCUGGCGGAUCUCACCAGGCGCAGAGCUCGUCAGGCGAGGUUCGGAGAGUCGACGAGGGAUCUGGAUGCUCAGAUUGAGCGCAUUCAAAAGUUUGGUUUGGAGAGCAACAGCGCAAAGGAAGCUGCUGCUGCUGGGCCCGCUGCGUUGUUGAGCAAGGGCUUGGAUGAGAUUGGCAAGCAGAAGAAGGAGGCGAGGAGAGCUGCAGAGGUGCAAAAAGUGGACGGUAAAAAGGGUGGCGUGGCAUUGGAUAAGGCUCUGAGCGCGACAAAGCCGAGCAAAGCAGGUGCUGCCGCUGUCAAGAAGGCAGAGACUCCCGAAGAAGCUGCAGCUCGCAAAGCGCGUCAAGAAGCGGAUGAAGCUGCCAAGGCCUCUCGCGCAAAGAGGUGGGGUUUGCCAGAGCCAGCGAAAGGGGCAUCGUCGGCGGGUCAAGUCGACGCAAAGAAAGGCGCUGCUGCUGCCGCUGCAGCUAUCGUCGCAGCUGCACCUGUGGACCCGCUGGAGGAUGAAAAGAAGAGAAAGAGGGCUGAAAAGUUUGGAACGGGCGCACCUGCAGAGAACAAGAAGGUCAAGAGUUGAAUUUGGGGCGAUCGAGUCGAUGCGAAUGGGGGGCCCAACGUGUCCGACUAGCCUAUCGAGCAAAAGAUUUUGCGGCAACCAUUACCAGUCGCUCCACUCAGCGGCACAGACAAAAUGUUGACGGGCCACUUGUGCUCGUGAAUCCUUGCAUCUCCCUAUUUUGGGAGAGCGCAAGAACAACGCGUACUCCUUUAUAUGAAGCGUCAUUGUACAAUCUUCAAUCUACCACAACUUCAAACCAUGACGCCGUGGGGGGGGGCAAGAGCUGUAUUCGGACCCGAGAGUGCGCGCAUGUGUGUAGGUGUGCGCCGCUCCUUUCACGCUUGCGCUUGAGAAUACACGAUUCGCACCUCGAAAUUUACAAGGAUUCGAGAUGACCAUCUCGACCAAACCUCGGGCUGCAGCAGCUAGGCGGACC